GAGGAAACUGAAACUGUUCUUUGUUAUCUUUCUCCCAGACUAGAGAGACAGCAAGCUGCUUUCUAGGCCACUAGCCUCAGCUUCCGUGUUUGAGAAUGCUGUUCUCUGAAGACUUCAGCUCUUGGGAGCAGACAUUUCAGGAACUGAUCCGGGAGGAGGUGCCUGGUGCCAAGUGGACCCUGCAUUUGGAUAAGAACAUUGUACCAGAUGGUCUAACCCUGGGAUGGAGGCAGUACCAGCAGACAGUACUUGGCAGGUUCCAGUGUUCCAGAUGUUAUAGAAGUUGGACCUCUGCUCAGGUGAAGAUCUUGUGCCAUGUGUACCAGGACACUUCGACGUCACAGGGCCGGGUACUCAUGAGGAUCUUUGGUCAGAAGUGCCAGAAAUGUUUUGGGUCUCAAUUUGAGAAUCCUGAGUUCUCUGCAGAGUGCAUCAAAAGGAUUCUAAAUAACCUCGUUAGUUAUAUUCUGCAGAAGUGCUAUGGACACAGGAAGAUAGCAUCGAUCUCGAAUGCGUCUUUGGAUGAGAAGGUGCUUUUGGAUGGGCCCCAUGACACACUCAAUUGUGAGGCAUGCAGUCUGAACCCUCAUGGAAGAUGUGCCCGUGCACACAGAGUAAGACCACCUAGAUCCCCAUCUCCAUCACCAAGCAGCCACAGUUCCUCUCCACCAAAGAGCCGCCCUCCUUCAUCUCAGACUGGGAAUAUGGAUUUGGGGAAUAGGACUUUUCAGGAUCUCAGAGAGCCCCGUGAGAUAGGGCUACCACUAUUACUGAUUUUGGGUACUGCUGCACUUGCCCUUAUUAGUCACUUCAUUAGAUAAUAGCUUUAUAAACUUGUUUUAAUCCUGUGCUGAUCAAUAAAAUGGAUGUCGUUUCCAUAUGACAGGGAAUUCAUGUGGGAUCAAGCAAGGUCGACUAUAUAGAAUAAAGAAUAAAGGUGCUGCUUUCGUCAACAUGCUCUGAAAAUAGCCUAAACCAUGACCACACCCAAUAGACCAAGGACAAAUUUGACCUAAGGACAAAUUUGUAUUGAAUCCCUAAAGUGUCCGCACUAGCUUGCUCACUUACUGUUCUCAAGCUAUGUUGAUUAAAUCUUGGUGAUAACUGUCAAGUGUGUUAUGAAAUAUAAAGUGGCAGCCAGAGUAAGGGAGUACCAGGUGGGCCCCUGCCAAGGUGUCGCCCUGAGAAAUAAUGCCAUGUGACAGAGCUGGUAAGGGAGUUUUAUUGUGGGGAAAGGGAGAGCAGAGACCUGGAGAAGUGGGGAGUAGAGCUAUGGGGACAGAGAAGGGGGGGGGGGACAGAGAAAGACAGAGAGAUGCUGGCCAGAAACACAUGGGAACAAGGAAAGAGGAAAAGGGAGGAGGAGGGGGAGGAGGGGAUGAAGAGUUAGCAGUCUUCUAUAGGCUGCCCCUGCAGCACCUGGCUCAAAACGCUGGGCAGCAGAUGAUGGUGUAGGCCUAGGUUCCUAGAAGAAGCCUAGUGGAAUCUUCUGUUAACUAACAACUAGGAUUGUUGUAAAUUUUCUAUGGCAGACUGGGUAAUGCUCCCCCCACCAAAAAUGCCCUUCCCCAUAGCUUCUAGAUUUUGUUAAUAAACUGUAUUUGUUGGAAGAAUGGACUUUGUAGACAUGAUUAAUUAGGAGAUUUUGAGGUAAGUCAUCUUGCUUUAUUGGAAUAAAUAAUAACAGAAGA